AUUCCUUCUUUUAUUCUCUGUUUCUGGUUCUUCUCAGGUUCUGAUAUGCCUAAAUGAACUGAUUAGUAUCCAAGCUCAAAUAAUGAUGGAUUUUACAUCUUCAGAAGUGAUGUGCGAGGUUGCCAAUUUAACAAAGGAAUUUACUUUUAGUCAUUCUUGUUCGUUUUAGUUAACCUCACUUGUAACAGGAAUUCAUUCAUAAUAGACCACGUAUGGAAACAUCCCAAUAUAUGUAUGUAUUUAGUUAACAAGAAUGUGCUCAGACAAAGACUCUUACUGUGAAGUUCUGGUUGCAUUGGUAAGGUUGCUAUCCAAUUUGAGCGCGAUUGCGACCAUCGAUAUCAAGGUUUUGAAGCAAAGAUCGUUUAAGGGAGGGUCUAAGUUAGGGCACUACAUUUCAUACAGCCUCAUUUAUGAAAGCUAAUGCAUUGAAGUGAAAGUGAGCGCCCCCCAUCUUUCGGACUGUGUGCACUUCCGCCCGAUCCUCUGGACACGGAACCACAGCUCGCUUUUCCCUCCACACGACCUUUCAGAUCCCUCCUCACAUCCAUCUAUCUCUCUAUCCUUUAUAGCGACCCAACGGCACUUUUAAGAGCCACUCGUCUGUCUGUCUAUCCAUACAUCCAUUCAUCCAUCCAUAUAUCUGUCUGUCUGUCUUGGUGUUUAUCUGUCUACCUGUUUAUCUGUCUGCAUUGUCUGUGUGUGUGCAUCUGUUGUCUGUCUGUGUAUCUGUAGGUGUCAUAUUUUUGCCUUCAUUUACACCAUGGACUCUGAAGGAGACUCUGGUAAUAAAUUCCACAAGCUUCUUCAGGAAGCACAGAGACUUGCAGCAGAGCUCAAUCCAAAAUUGGCAAAGAAAAGAAGGUCGGCAAAACCCGUAUCUGGUGUUGUUAGUUGGAGACAGAGGGAUAAUUCAGGACAAAUUAUUCCAAAAUUUCCCCCAAAGACUUAUAACUCGACUACACGUAAAAGGAGCAGUUCUGAAGUGGCUGAACCAGUAUUUCAGCAGCCUGAGCCAACACCUUAUGAUAGUGCUCAAGAACUUAAUGCACUGCAAGACCUUCUCAGGGACAUUCCUCCACAAGAGAAGGGCACUGUGCCACUAAGCUGGGCUGAACGGCAAGCUCAAAGCUCAGAGAAGUGGAAUGCUUCUAGAUCAGCCAUGGUUAAAAACAUAUUUCUCGCAGAGCACACAGACACCUAUAUCUGUGACAUCUGCCUGCAAAACACAUCUGUUGUGAGGUGCAGAGAUUGUUUGCCAAGACAGUUCCUGUGCAGUUCCUGCGAUACACAGAUACAUCAGCACAUCCUCCAUAACCGAGAAGCCAUGUUUGAGGGAUUCUAUCAACCCUUAGCCCCAAACAUGAUCAUUCAACUUCAAAAUGAUGGGUCACACCAGAUAAAGCAUGAAGUUCGACUGUUGCCGGUUCGUCUACCUCAACAGUGUACCUGUUCUCCCAGUCAGCUAAAGCUGACCUGUGGCAAAGAGGUCAUCCUUGUUGGAAUUAAUGGACGGUACCAACUAAAUUUGCCAACAUUGAGCUGUUCUCAGUGCAUGAAAAGCUGGACCACUGGACUUGAUGAACUAGUACAAUGUGGAUAUUGGCCUGCUACCAUCAACCACCAGACCAUCUUCCAUGUAGACCUGUUCCAGUCUUUCCAGGAUCUGAAGCAGCUGGCUCCUGGGCUUUCUCGUCAAGCAUUUAUUGGAAUGCUUGAUGAAAGAACAAAGUAUUUUGGCAGAACCGGAAAAAUAUGUGGUGACACAUUCCAGCGGUCAUUUCUGGAGUGGUGCUACGCGCAGCAUGAGGUGGACAAACUGUUGGAAGUUGAGCCCUUCCGGUGUACAGCAUGUUCACCACAAAUGCAUGCUGUAUCAGUGGAUGGAAAUAGAAAAUUAUACCGAUUUAAGAAUGCAUCAGGAAGUGCCACAAAGGGACUUUUUGAUGGCACCUUCCUGGCCAGAGAUGAGGAGGUGUCAAGUUUUGUUGCUCAAAUCCAGCAGGCAACCAAACAUACUCCUGGGAAAGGAAUGUGCGGAUCAUCACAAUGGACAGCUGCAAAAGAGCAUUCUGGGAAAUCUGCCUCAAAAAUUGAUGAGGUGGGGCUGGAAAUCGCUGUGUGCCGGCAUGGGGUGCUUUUGAGAGCACUGAAUAUGUUCAGAGGGGAGAUUUAUGCUUACCCUCUGUAUCUGCAGAAGGAACUGUCCCCCUCAAAUGUUUCCUUUUUCUGUUCAGAUGUGGCAUGCAAGUAUUAUCCGUAUUUGGAAAAGGUCUCCAAUAAGUGCUCUGAACUGCAGGGACUAUUGGAGAUGCAUCCACUUCUUUCAGUGAUGCAUGCCAAAGCACACUCCUGGACAUGUGAGUUGAAAUGGGGUGGACGCAAUCAAGAAGGCGCUGGCAAUACCAUUGGUGAGGAAGUGGAGCAGGUAAAUAGCUUCCUGUCCAGGGCUGCUAUCUCCACAAAAUACAUGUCUAAAGGUGGAAGAACAGACAUGCUCACAGUUCUGGCAAUGGGGUGGAACAAAAAGAAAAUGAGUAACAUGGACAAAAUAUUGGCCCAAAGAUAUGCUAAGGCCGUCCAGAGAGUGGCAGAUGAUAAGCUUAAGCUGGAGGAGCUCAAAGCUGAGUUAAGGAUUGAUGAUGCUGUUAUCCAACAGUGGGUCACUGAGGUGCAACACUGGCCUGAAGCAAAUUCUAGUUUGGAGGGUGAAGCCUCAAGGGAGGUCAUUCUGAAGAAGAAAAUUGAAGGACUGUACCUUAGUGUCAUGCAGAGGAAACAUCGCCUUUACCGUCAGACAGACAGCAACAAGAGACGACAUAAGUUGCGCCAGAAAAUUGCAGAGGAAAAGGCAGCUUUAUCUUCUGCUAUUGAAGAGCUACGUGAACAGACGGACAUCAUUCUGCCUGCUGUUGAUGAGCUUCUCUUGACUGAAAAUUUUGUGUGGUCCUGGACUUAUCUUGGACCCACUGAUCUCAGAACAAAGAAGGCCAUCUUUGACCAGGUGAUGGUGAUCAGGAGAAUGCAAGAGGAGGAGCAAAUUGUAGUUCAGGAGAUGAGGAGGCACUUGAACUCCCUCAUAGGUGUUGCUGGGAGUCUAAAAACCUUACUGCUGGACCAAAGCAAUGGCGCACACUGUGGAUAUCACAGCAUGUUGAGGAGGAGAUUGAGUGUUGUGAAUGCCCAAGUACAUCACACAAAAGCAUCAUUCAGCUUGGCUCUUCAUGGAGAAAUGACAUCCCAAGAUAUGCUGUCUGAGGACAGGGAGGAACAAGUGUCAGAUGUGGAGGACACAUCUGAUGAUGACAAUGACAUUGAUUCUUCAUAAGUACAUUGAGAUUAUUAAAUACCCAUGUCUAGUUCUUUGGGCUUCAAAACAGCUUAUGGUGCAUGAUGUGGUGCAUUAUCACCACAUCAUUUACAGGUAGUUCUCGACUUACGUCCAUUCGACCU